UGCUCUGCCCUGCCCUUAGGCCAGGGAGGAAGACGCCAACCAGGAUGGAGUGAUGGACCGGCUGCAUUUCCAGCUGGCGCUCCCUUUGCUGCCCUCCGAGCGCGUCGUCGGGGUCCAGCUGCUGCUGACCUUCUCCUACCAGCUGCGCAGAAUGUCCACCUUUGUGAUGCAGAGCAUGGCCUUUUUACAGUCUUUUUCCCCUGUGCCAGGAUCACAGGUGUUUGUGAGUGGAGAUCUCAAGCUUCACCAGAGGCAGCCACUUAGCCAUGCUGGGCUGGAUAGCAGAUAUAAUGUAUCUGUGAUCAAUAGUACAAGUCCUUUUGCGCAAGACUAUGAUUUUGUGCACAUCAUUGAAACGUAUCAGAAGAGGAAUGUUACAACAGUUUUGUCUGGUCCCAGUCCCAUCUGGGUGACUGGAAGAUCACCAGAUCAACCAUUUGUAAUCCAGGCCUUCAUCCAUUAUCCAGUGGAACUGAUUGCAUAUCAGCCAGGCUUCUGGGAGAUGAUGAAGUUUGCCUGGAUCCAGUAUGUUGGCAUCCUCCUGAUUUUUUUGUGGAUUUUUGAAAGAAUAAAAAUCUUCCUCCUUCGAAAUCAGGUGCUGAACACAGUGCCAGUGUCUCCAGUUCCCCCACCACUGUCCUAUAAGGAGCACAAAUCCUGACCAAGCUUGCACAGGAUAAAGAACUUUGCUUUCAGUUCCUUUGACUGCUUUGCAUUUAGAAGAUGAGGCAUUCCACAUUUUAGGUUCAUCUACUAUUAUUUUUGCAAAGUUUAUCAAUAUGUCCUCAGUGUAUAUUUACUUUUGCUGUCCUGUUUUCAGAAAUCUGUUUGCUAUUAUGGUCUAUCAGAUGCAUAUCAGCCAUAGUCAAUAUGGUGGCAAGAUAAAAUUUUUAAUGAAAGUUAUAUAAACGAGUUGCAUUGCCUGUAAGUAC